AUGGCAGCAACAUGCUCCCCACUGGACCCAGAUUUAAUGAGGGAGGUUCUUGAAUGCCCUAUCUGUCUGGAGACCUACAAUCAGGAGCAGCUAAGACCCAAACUCCUGCAGUGUGGUCACACAGUGUGUCGGCUAUGUCUGGAAAAACUGCUGGCUAAUACCAUCAAUGGCGUCCGCUGCCCCUUUUGCAGCAAGGUCUCCCGCAUGAGCAGCAUCUCCCAGCUGGCAGAUAAUCUCACUGUGCUCAAGAUUAUAGACUGCACCCUGUCCUGCAGUGCUGCUGCCGCUGCACUGAUGUGUAAGUCCUGCUGUAACCGCCUACCAAGACAGUACUGCCAUGACUGUGCCACUGUUCUUUGUGAGCUCUGUAAAGGGGAGGGUCACCUGCUCCAAGGCCACUCGGUACAGCCCAUAAGGGUUGCUGCUGAGCAGCGCCGUAAAGAACUGGGUGGUAAACUGACUGCUCUCCGUGAUGUUAUGGGGGAAAUUCAAAAGAAAAAGAGAACGAUUGAAAGUAUUUCCAAGUCCUUGAGGCUAAAGUACCGGGCAGUGCAGCAGGACUAUACCACAGCAGAGCUACGUUUUCAAGAGGAGCUCAGUAGAUCCCGGAGGACAUUUACAGCUUCCAUGGGGGAGGUGGAGAAGUUAAAUGCUCAGGUCCUGGAGGAGCAGACAUAUCUUCUUAACAUUGCAGAGGUAAAAGUGGUGUCGCGCUGUGAUUAUCUGACGAUGCGAGUGAGGCAGAGCGAUAUCGCCCUGCUGAAGGACGAUGGUGCAGGAAGUGAUGAUGAGGAGCUGGAUCUGAGGAGCAGUUUACCCACGCAGUUCCAGUUGCAAGAGCCAGCACUCAUCAGAAAGGAGCAGAUCAGACCUGUGGAAGUGGGCCAUCUGACCACAAACGCAUACGUUGUCAAUACAGAUGAUGAAGAGGGGACGUUGGAGCUUGGACUUGAGAGUGAUGUUGAGGGUGUGUCUGGGGCAAUAGGUGCUGUAGGUGGAGCUGUAGGUGUUCCAGUGGAUCUUUAUCGAGAUAUUGACAUGGUUUCAGCUGUGGAAGAUGCUGUGUGUGGUUCACCAGGCAGCUUUAAAUCAAAGUCUAUGGAUGCAGGAGGGGGCUCGCCUGCUGGGGCAAAGUCAGGACCCCCAGUCUGCCAGUUUGUAAAGAAGAUGGGAUGUAAAGGAACUCUUCCUGGCAUGUUUAAUUUACCAGUCAGCAUCUGUGUAACGGCACAAGGUGAGGUAGUGGUGGCUGAUCGUGGCAACAGUCGCAUCCAGAUUUUUAAUCGCAAAGGUUUCCAACGAGAAAUCCGGCGUAAUGCUAGUAGCAUUGACAAUUUUGUCCUGAGCUUCCUUGGUGCUGACUUGCCUAACCUCAUCCCCUUAUCCAUUGCUGUGACUCCACAAGGCCUGAUUGGUGUCACUGACAAUUAUGAUAAUUCAGUUAAAGUCUACACCAUGGAUGGGCACUGCGUGGCCUGCCACAAGAACCAGCUCAUUAAACCCUGGGGCAUUACGGCCAUGCCAUCCGGCCAGUUCGUGGUGUCAGACGUGGAAGGUGGAAAGCUGUGGUGUCUGGCAGUGGACCGCAGCGUCGGUGUGGUCAGCUACAACCGCUUGUGCUCGGCUGUCCGCCCAAAGUUCGUGACAUGCGAUGCAGCUGGAACGGUGUACUUCACCCAGGGCCUGGCCGUGAACUUCGAGAAACGCCAGAGUGAGCCCCAGCUGGAAGGGGGCUUCUCAAUCGGGUCAGUUGGCACAGAUGGCCAGCUUGGCAAACAGCUCAGCCAUUUCUUCUCUGAGACGGAGGACUUCCGCUGCAUCACUGGCAUGUGUGUGGAUGCAAACGGAGACUUGCUGGUUACAGACAGCGGCAGAAAAGAAAUACUCCACUUUCCCAAAGAAGGUGGAUUCAAUGUCCUUAUUCAAGAAGGGCUGUCCUGCCCCGUGGGAGUGGCCACUACUCUGAAAGGACAGUUGCUGGUGCUUGAUUCUUGGGACCACUGUGUUAAAGUCUACACGUACAUUCAAAGGAGGCACUCCUCAACGUCCUAA